GGUCUGUUAAGUUUCAAUUGAAUGCAUUCCGUUUUUUUUUUCAUCACUUCUAGAAAAAAACCGCAAGAAAAAGAAAAACAGAUUUCUAUUGAGCGACUCUGCUUAUUAGCUCAGGCGGAAAUUUCUGUUCUUCAUGUGCGUUUAAUUGUACGGCCAUUGCAGCGUGCUACAGUGUUACUUCGAGUUUGAACUCGGCAAAAAUGGAUGUCCUGGAUUUUGGGGCCUUUGUUGGAGAUUUAUCCAUGGAAGACGAUGGAUCCAGUGAUGAUGUCUCUCUUGAAGGACUACAACAAGAACUAGAAGAAUGUAUACAUGAUGACGUGGUAGCUAACAUCCUGUCAAAUGGCAUUACGUUACGUGACUAUACGAAGACCGUUGAGAAAAACUUACGUGAAGGUGAAUUAAAUUCUAUUCAGGAUUAUAUAAAAGAAAGUGAUAAUUUAGUAUCGCUUCAUGAUCAAAUUCGUGAUUGUGAUAUGAUCUUGUCACAGAUGGAAUCCCUUCUUAGUGGAUUUCAGGCUGAGAUUGGUUCCAUAAGUUCAGACAUAAAAGUUCUUCAAGAGAAAUCAAUGGACAUGGGCCUGAAGCUGAAGAACCGCAAGCUGGCAGAAUCAAAGUUGGCCAAAUUUGUUGAAGAUAUUAUCGUCCCUCCGAGGAUGGUUGACAUUAUUGUGGAUGGUGAGGUCAAUGAGGAAUACAUGAGAACAUUAGAGAUACUCAGUAAGAAGUUAAAGUUUGUGGUUGUGGAUUUGACGGUGAAGACUUCAAUGGCUUUAAAAGAUGUACAGCCUGAGUUAGAAAGACUUCGGCAGAAGGCAGUGUCCAAGGUUUUUGAUUUCAUUGUUCAAAAGCUUUAUGCCUUGAGAAAACCUAAAACAAACAUACAGAUUCUUCAGCAAAGUGUUCUUUUGAAAUACAAGUACGUUAUUUCAUUUCUAAAGGAGCAUGGCAAGGAGGUGUAUGCAGAAGCCCGAGCAGCUUACCUUGACACAAUGAACAAGGUUCUGAGUGCACAUUUUCGUGCUUAUAUACAAGCCUUGGAGAAAUUGCAACUUGACAUAGCAACAUCCAGCGAUUUGAUUGGUAUCGAAGCUCGAGGAACUAGUCUUUUCUUAACCAGAAGAGAACCUUUGAAGAAUCGUUCAUCGGUGUUUGCUCUUGGGGACCGAAUAAACAUCUUAAAGGAAAUUGAUCAACCUGCAUUGAUUCCUCAUAUAGCAGAAGCAAGCUCUCAGAAGUAUCCUUAUGAAGUUCUUUUUCGGAGCUUGCACAAACUGCUGAUGGAUACUGCCAGUUCUGAGUAUAUUUUCUGCGAUGAAUUUUUUGGGGAAGAGUCGUUGUAUUAUGACAUAUUUGCAGGCCCAUUUGGAGUUAUUGAUGAGCACUUCAACACGAUCUUGUCAAAUUCUUAUGAUGCGGUUGGCCUAAUGCUCAUGAUUCGCAUUACCCAUCAGCACCAGCUUAUCAUGUCAAGAAGGCGGAUUCCCUGCUUGGAUUCAUACUUGGACAAGGUUAACAUUGCACUAUGGCCCCGUUUUAAAAUGGUCUUUGACAUGCACAUCAGCAGUUUACGUAAUGCAAAUGUGAAAAUGUUGUGGGAAGAUGAUGUCCGUCCUCACUAUGUUAUGAGACGUUAUGCUGAGUUUACUGCUUCUCUCAUUCAUCUCAAUGUCGAAUAUGGAGAUGGUCAGCUGGAAAUGAACUUGGAAAGACUUAGAAUGGCAGUAGAUGAUUUAAUCAUGAAGCUUUCCACAAUGUUUCUUAAAUCAAAGCUGCAGAGUGUGUUUCUUAUAAACAAUUAUGAUAUGACAAUUGCUGUCUUGAAGGAAGCUGGUCCUGAUGGUGGAAAAAUUCAGAUGCACUUUGAGGAGGUCUUGAAGAGCCAAACAACUAUAUAUGUGGAAGAGCUACUGUUGGAGCACUUUAGUGAUCUGAUCAAAUUUGUGAAAACCAGUGCAUCCGAGGAUCCAACUUCGAAUUCCGAGAAGGCUAUAUCUAUCCGUGAUGUUGAACCGCUCGUGAAGGACUUUGCUAGCAGAUGGAAAGAUGCGAUCGAGCUGAUGCACAAAGACGUCAUUACGUCCUUCAGCAACUUCUUGUGUGGCAUGGAGAUCUUGAGAACUUCAUUAACCCAAUUGCUGCUCUACUACACACGUCUGUCUGAGUGUGUAAAGAAAGUGCAGGGAGGGUCCACACUGAACAAGGAUCUUGUUUCGAUUCAGUUAAUUAUUCACGAGAUCAGGAAGUUUUCAAGGACUUUCUAGACAUGCUAUAAUCUUUACUUCCAUUACAAUACAGCAAAUUUCGAGAUUUGUUGAUAACCUGAGUUGAUCGGAAGUCUGAAUUCUUCAAACAGAGUUGCUCCUGUCAAGAACUCAUAUAUCUGGAUUCAGUCUAAGGCGAAAACGGAGAAACUAGUGGCUGGACCUUUGGUUAUUAUAUUCUAGGUUGAAUUUUGGGUUCGAUGAAUGUUUUGAAAUUGUAUGUAAGAUUAUUAGAUAUACUUGAUUAAGAAGACUGUAUGAUUCACACAAAUUCCUGUCAAUUUUCAGAAAUGGCAGUUGAAAAUGAGAUGUUAUUUGUUAUUUCUUCAGGAUUCCAAACAGGUGGUCCUCAUUGGUUGAAUUGAUAAGUUCAGUCUUUCUUUGGUAACACGACGCAUCAUGCAUGUACUCUUGACGUCGACUAAUGUUUGCUCAAAUGCAUUUAGUGUGAGGAUUU